AUGGGUUAUACUUUAGCAAUUUUAGGAUGCGGUGUGAUGGGCCAAGCUGUUCUAUCUGCCAUUUACAAGGCCCCAAAGGCAGAAACUGAGGCUGUCGCAUCAUUAUACCCAUCUAAGAUCAUCACAUGCAACCAUGAUAAUCCAAGUGCUCAACAAGUCACUGAUUUAAUUGCCACUUUUGAAAAGUCUCCAAAUGGUAUUGAAGUGGAAUCUACUUUUGAUCAAAAUGUUAGAGCUGUUCAAGAAGCCACUGUUAUUAUUCUAGGUACUAAACCCUAUCUAGCAGAACCAGUUCUGGAUGGUGUCCGUGAUGUCAUCGAUGGAAAGUUGAUUAUUUCCUUAGCUGCAGGCUGGACCAUUGAUCAAUUACAAAAUUACACAAGAAAGGUCUCCAGAGUCAUGACAAACACUCCAGCUAAAUAUGGUUAUGGUUGUGCUGUUGUAUCUCAUUCCUCAGAGGUCUCUGCUGAAGAAAGAAAAGUUGUAGAUCAAUUAAUUGGUCAUGUUGGUAAAUGCAUCGAAUUGCCAGAAAAGAACAUGGACGCCGCUACUGCUCUUGUGGGUUCUGGUCCAGCGUUCGUUUUAUUGAUGUUGGAAUCUUUAAUGGAAAGUGGUAUCAAAAUGGGUAUCCCACUAAAGGAAAGUAGAGAAUGUGCGAUUAAAGUUCUUGAAGGUACUGCCAAGAUGGUUGAAGAAAGUGGCGAACAUCCAACUGUACUAAAACACCAAGUUUGCACCCCAGGUGGGACUACAAUUGCUGGUUUAUGUGUAAUGGAAGAUAGGGGAGUCAAAAGUGGUAUUAUCAGAGGUGUGGAGGAAGCCUCCAUUGUAGCAGCUAAAUUAGGUAAGAAAAAAUGA